CCUCGGUUUGCCAGGGCUGUGCUGGGGGUCUGCAGAAUAAAUCGUUGGGCCAAGCUUGAGAGGAUCGAGACCUGGAUUUUCAGCUGGCGGGCUUUCAGUGGACAAACCCAUAGCAUUUUGCAAACCGGGACUCCAAAUGCACACGAGUUUAGAGGAAUGAUCAUUAGAGCCUGUUGGACUAAGAUCUACACACUGGACGGAAAUACGGUGGCACUGGCACCCCAACUGUGAAGGCAGGGAGAGGCUAGUGGUAACAGGCCGAGCUGGAUGGAUGGGUAUGGGGAGAGGGGCAGGACGAUCAGCCCUGGGAUUCUGGCCGACCCUUGCCUUCCUUCUCUGCAGCUUCCCCGCAGCCACGUCGCCGUGCAAGAUCCUCAAGUGCAACUCUGAGUUCUGGAGCGCCACGGCGGGCGGCCACGCCCCGGCCUCGGACGACGCCCCCGAGUUCUGCGCGGCCCUGCGCACCUACGCCCUGUGCACGCGCCGCACGGCCCGCACCUGCCGGGGCGACCUGGCUUACCACUCGGCGGUCCAUGGCAUAGAGGACCUCAUGAGCCAGCACAACUGCUCCAAGGAUGGCCCCACGUCGCAGCCGCGCCUGCGCACGCUCCCGCCGCCCGGGGACAGCCAGGAGCGCUCCGACAGCCCCGAGAUCUGCCACUACGAGAAGAGCUUCCACAAGCACUCGGCCGCCCCCAACUACACGCACUGCGGCCUCUUUGGGGACCCGCACCUCAGGACUUUCACAGACCGGUUCCAGACCUGCAAGGUGCAGGGCGCCUGGCCGCUCAUCGACAAUAAUUAUCUGAACGUGCAAGUAACCAACACGCCGGUGCUGCCGGGCUCGGCCGCCACCGCCACCAGCAAGCUCACCAUCAUCUUCAAAAACUUCCAGGAGUGCGUGGACCAGAAGGUAUACCAGGCCGAGAUGGACGAGCUCCCGGCCGCCUUUGCCGACGGCUCCAAGAACGGCGGGGACAAGCACGGGGCCAACAGCCUGCGCAUCACGGAGAAGGUGUCGGGCCAGCACGUGGAGAUCCAGGCCAAGUACAUCGGCACCACCAUUGUGGUCCGGCAGGUGGGCCGCUACCUGACUUUCGCGGUGCGCAUGCCCGAGGAGGUGGUCAACGCCGUGGAGGACCGGGACAGCCAGGGCCUCUACCUCUGCCUACGGGGCUGCCCCCUCAACCAGCAGAUCGACUUCCCAGCCUUCCACGGGCCCCAGGCUGCCAGCCCCGCGCCCGCGGCCCCCGACACCUUCCCGUACGAGACGGCCGUGGCCAAGUGCAAGGAGAGGCUACCCGUGGAGGACCUGUACUACCAGGCCUGUGUCUUCGACCUGCUCACCACAGGGGACGUGAACUUCACGCUGGCCGCCUACUACGCCUUGGAGGACGUCAAGAUGCUCCACUCCAACAAGGACAAGCUGCACCUGUACGAGAGGACACGGGAGUCCCCCGGCCGGGCGGCCACAGCCGGGCUGUCCCCGGCCCCGCGGCUCCUCCCGGGCAGCCUCCUGUUCCUCGGUCUGCUGCCCGGCUUCCUGGAGGCCCUGGCUGCGUAGGAUGGCGAGCGAGCUGUGCUGCCUGUCCCCAGCUGGCCGGCGGCUUCCCGGUGGCCCUCGCUGUCUGCGGGGGUUGGAAGCGGAGGCAGCUGCUGGCCGGUGAGCUGUGGGACGGUUACCUCAGAGCUGCCUUGGGCUGCCUGCUGGCAAGGGCUGGGGGCGUGGGGUGGCCCGUCGCCCUCUCCAGGGCCCAGGACAGGUUGUGGUGCUGUGACGUCUGACAGUAGAGCUGUGCGACGGGGAGAGCGGCUCCUGUCCGCUCGCCCCACAGUGUGAAUGUGCAAACCCGAGCCCCUCGGGCUGGAGCCCCCACCCGCCAGAGACACUGGGAAAGGUCCGCGUCGCCCCCCACCCGCCCCUUGCAAUGCACUGAACAGGCCCGGCCGACUGCUGCACGCGCCUGCCACACGCACACACUCGUACACUAGCACACUCGCACACACUCGGCCGGCAGGGCCUCCUUUCCCCUUGGGCCUUGGGACACCCCCAGGGCGCUGCUUGGGACCUUUAGCAAGUUGAUGUAAACCUUUGGCCAAAAGGUCGUGCCCUUGUGGGGUCUCCCUGAGACCCCCCGGCUGUGGGCACGGGCUCGGGCUCAGACCCGGGUGCCAGGCCUCUGCCUCGAGAGCCCCCAGCGGGGGAACAAUGCGUGUUGGCACGUGCCCUGAGCGACGCCACUCGUGGGCUCGGAUACCCUUCUCUGGCCCCUUCCCCCAACACCCCCUAUUCCCCACUGUGCUUAGGGAGUCGAGUUUCUAAAUGUCUAAACAGAGAAGUCCCCCUUGACUUGUGUUCCUUCGUCUCUAGUAGCUGGAUGGCAAGGCCCCUGGCGGGGGGCGUGGACCGCAGGGCGCAGGCCGGAGACCGGUGGAUAGGGCCAGCUGGCCUGCCCUGUCCUCUGCUCUCCCCCCGGCCCCUGGAGCCUGUCCACCGAGGUCUGCAUUCUGGGGAGAGGAGCAGGCUCAGGAGGCCUCACAGCCCUGAGCUGCCCUGGGAGGGUCUCUCCGAGUCCCCACGGCCACACCCACACCGCCAGCAGGGACUUGCGGCCGGGAGCCCAGGCUGCCCGUCAAGGAGCCCGGAACCUCCCGCCUCUGCUGCUGCUCCAGAGAAGCCCAGGGAGCAGCGCCAGCCGCCUCCGCACCCCGGGGUGCUGCCCGGCCCGAGGACGACCCUCCCAGCAGCCCCGCAGCCCUCCCCGGCCCUGCCCCCCUUCCCGCCCGCAGCCCUGGCAGCCCCUCUGCUGUUCCCCGGGACCUCUCAUACACUGGCCCAGGAGGCUGCGGACAUGUCCCUGCCUCCCCCUCCAAGAGGUCCCCUCUCUCUGCCAAACUUGGGCGGGCAGGCGGGCGGGACAAGGCUCCUGCUGGAGAUUAGAUGGUCCCUAUGUUGGAAGUAAAAAGUGAAGCACUUUAUUUUGGUUGUGUUUGAUCGCGUUCUGCUUGGAAGUGGGGACCCCCCUCACUGCGUCCUUGUGUCUGCGACCUGUGUGGAGUGUCACCGCGUGUACAUACUGUAAAUUAUUUAUUAAUGGCUAAAUGCAAGUAAAGUUUGGGUUUUCUUUGUUUUGUUA